GUUAUACCUGUAUCGGCAGUCUUUGUGUUGGCAUAGAUAGAAGAGAGACGUUUUUAUAGAAAUAUCAAACACUUCUCGUUGUAUUGGAAGUAUAUGAAAAUACGAUAAUAAUGAUAUGAAUGAUGUUUGCUGUGUACCUGUGAACAAUCCUCUGACAUAAAAAUUCAUGACUUACAAACAUCAACCGACAAUUUGUUAAAAUAACAAUGAACAACCGAGAGUGUAGAUGGCAGCGUUUAUUAAUAACCUUUGCGUUUGCUUUGCUGGUAGAUUUGACUGUUGUUUCCGAACAAUCUGGAACAGUAAGGCUAUAUAAUUUUACUGGCAAAGACAUCAGAUUGGUUGGGGGAAACAGUGAGCUGGAAGGACGAGUAGAAAUAAGCAUUGAUAGUAUCUGGGGGACAAUCUGUGGAGACGGCUUGUUUGACUUUACUGACGCAGAUGUUCUAUGCAGAAUGCUUCAUACAAAUCUAAGUGCUCUAGACUACUCCACAAAUGGACAAUACGGAUAUGGUAAUGGCCCAGUAUUUUACCGUUCGUUAGCAUGUACUGGAUUAGAAAAAUCAAUCCACAACUGCUCUAGGUCAACAGGUCAAACGUGUUCCCAUUCGAGCGACGUGGGCUUGAUAUGUGCAGGUUGUUCACGACUGACACAGCGGCAUUAUGGGUUGCUGGAACACGUCAAUAUUACAAGCAAUGGUGACAUAUACACUGGCAGAUGCAGCAACGGGACCACUUAUUUCCAGUUCUUAUAUCAAUGUUCACUCAACGGCACAUGGGAAGAGUAUGGUACACGAUGUGGACCUUUAGCCGUGAGAGACGUGCGAUUUGUUGGUGGAGUCGGCCUGUAUGAUGGAGGAGUGGAGGUGCUUGUUGGGGAUACCUGGGGUCAAGUGUGUGGAUACAUAUCGAACUACACCCGACAUACUUACUCUGUCGGUGGACAUGUGUUUUGUCAGAUGAAAGGGCUACAUUUGACAUCUAAUAUCUUCACAUGGCGAUACAAUAGUACAAUGUCAAACGGUUUGAUUGCAAACCUCCAAUGUUCUUCAAAUGCCACAGAUGUAAACUUAUGCAGCUAUACAACAGUCUAUUCAUGCCAGUAUCAAUUAAUGGUUGGCUGUAAUGGCUUUCCUUUGAAAAUAAGCUCAAUUAGUUUGGUUGGUGGAUCAAGUGCACGUGAUGGUCUUGUAGAAGUGCGAAUUGAAAACACUGUUGCACAAUCUGCCAAGAUAAUUUCGAUUAUAACGAUGCACAGGUCCUCUGCAAAAUGA